AUGGCCGAUCCCCGCUAUGGCUCCUACAGGGAUCUGGCCAAGGACUAUGAGACCCGACUUGAUACCCUAAUAGAACAAGGGAUCUUUAAGCCAGUUUUUCUAUAUCAUGUUGUCAUUCUCAACAUUAUACCUUUGAUAGGUCUGGUCAUUCCUCGCAGCAAGGGCGGACAAUAUGUUCGAAAGGGCCUUUUCGUCCUCUGUAUUGCAAUUGCAAUCGAAAUUUUCCAAAAUCGACGGGCAAUCAUCGGAGGAAAUGGCUACAUGCUUGGUUUGAUGACCGCGUGGUGGUUAGUAUGGAAUGCCACGUUGUUUGUGUUUACAGACCUUGAACAUGAUUUCAAGCGCAUUGAACGGAAACCCGUCGAUAUCAAGUCAAAUGACGCCAAGACGCUCUGCUCGAACAAUCCAACAUGUACACAACAGGACAGCAACCUUUUUAUUUGGCGGUCAUAUCCCAAAAAGUUCUGGCAUCGUCUGGAAUGGUCCGCUGGACUGCUCUUCAACCUGAGGGGGCCAGAGUGGAACUGGCGGACUUCCCAUCUGGGUCCUCUUCCACGACCAAUUCACGACCAAUUGCAUCCAGGAUUCGUGGGUAAAAUAAAGGCACAUGAACCCUCCACAUAUCCCAACGGCAAACACCGCUUGCAGGCUGCCUUUCGAAAGUUCCUCAUAUCUUACCUUGUGCUGGACAUCUUGAAAGUCAUAGUCCUGAUGCCUGAUCCAUACUUUCAAGGCCUCGCUCCGGCUGAUUCACUAUCACCAUUUCCUUUCUUCUACUUCACAAAUUUUACAUUGCAUCCUGCCAUAUCCCAGAUCUGUCGUCGUCUAUACAGCGCCAUAAGUGUAUAUACUGCACUCGAGUUCGUGACAUCGCUCAAUCCAAUCUUCUUCCUGGGGCUAUCUCUUGCAUUCCCCAACGGGGCUAGGAAGCUGACCGCCGCACCGUUGGGUGAUUCUUGGCUAUAUUCCGAUGCAUUCGGCCCAUUCUUCGUCCCGGUCCUUGAUGACGGAUUGGCGGGCUGCUGGGGUCGUUGGUGGCAUCAAAUCUUCCGAUACGGAUUUGUAGCUUCAGCACGCUGGAUCUUAUCCGUGCUUCCGGUCGGCUUGGCUUCCCAUCCCCAAGUCCGUCGUGUCACUUACGUAAUGGUGGCUUUCUGUCUUAGCGGCUUUGUGCAUGCCUGUGGAAGCCGUACCCAGAUUGCAGAUACAUCUCCCGUGUCCGGGCCAUUCCUAUUUUUCGCUUUGCAGGGUGUUGCAAUCAUGGCGGAGCAGGUUUUCAAGACAUCGGUCUUCCCGAAAUCACCUUUUGCCCGUGCGCCGAGAUGGCUGAGACGAACGGCUAACUUUGUGUUUGUAUUUUGUUGGUUAAUGGCCUCAGGUGGGCUCAUCGCGGAUGACUUUGCGAGGGGCGGCUUAUGGCUGAUGGAGCCUCUUCCAAUUAGUCCACUUCGUGGACUGGGAUUUGGGCUACAGGGGCAAGGUUGGUGGUGCUGGGAUGAGCCCUGGUUCCGGUACUGGAGUGAUGGUACAUAUUGGGGAAGCGGAAUACGUGCGUUAUAG